UUAGGGGCGUCACUAUACACGUACUUGAAAUGGUUUCCACUCUCCUUUCUUAGUACUCGUUUAUUUGCAUCGUCCAAGGGCGGAACGGAAAGAAGCUUGUCGUGUUUCAAGUACUGAAGUUGAUGUUCUUUCAUCACCGAGCAAUAAUGGCACGCUCAAGUCAAGAUGGUGAAAUUGAAGCUGAUGAUGCAUGGUCAUCCAUGCCUAAUCGCGUGAGUUCCUUCCAGUGCUUCCCCCGUUCUGAAGAAUUUUCAGCCAAGCGGCUGGCCCUGGCAGGCUUUUAUUUCACAGGUCAGGCAGACAGGGUGUGCUGUUUUAGCUGCCAUGCGUCAGUGGAGGACUGGAGCAAAGGGGACGCCCCACUGAAGAGACAUCAGCAAGCAUCUCCAAACUGCAGGUUCCUCAGCUGUGCUCAUGGUUUGAGAGCCUCCGACUGCACUCGAAGCCCUGCUUACGACGAAGAGGCCGAAGCCAUGGAGUUCCAGCUCCGCACCGGAGAGGUGGUGGAUCAGACCAUUUAUCCCGUUGUGACACACAUGAAGAGUGAGAAAGCUCGGCUGAAUACUUUCAGUGAGUGGCCUGCAGACGCUCCGGUUCAGCCUGAAGACCUGGCAGCAGCAGGGAUGUAUUACUUAGGAACAAAUGACAAAGUGAAGUGCUUUUGCUGUGGGCAACAGCUGGAAGGAUGGGAGCCAGGCGAUGAAGCCUGGGGUGAACAUGCAAAGCACUAUCCAAACUGCUUCUUCAUCUUGGGCCACGAUGUGGGCAAUGUGCCGCUGACAACACCUAGGCCCAGGGUGAAUGGACAGAGAGCCUCUGUGGAGACUUUUGAGGGGCGUCUUGAAAGCUUCAGAGCCAGACAACAUCCCAUAGACCCUGAGAGACUGGCCAGAGCUGGUUUCUACAGCACUGGAAAACAGGACCAUGUGCUCUGCUUCAGAUGUGGAGGAGGACUGAAGGGGUGGAUUCCUGAUGAAGACCCUUGGGAAGAACAUGCAAGGAACUAUCCAGGCUGCAGUUUCCUUCUGGCAGAAAAAGGAAGAGAAUAUGUCAACAGCAUGCAGCUGAGAUAUCCAACAGGAGACCAUUCUCAUUCAAGACCGAGUCAGAAUGGUUUUUCAAGUCACGAGAAAGACGAUCCCAUGACAAAACUUGAGAAACUCCAGAUGGAGAAACUCUGUAAAGUCUGCAUGGACGGUGACAUUAACAUCGUCUUCAUUCCCUGUGGACACCUGGUCACCUGUCAGAAAUGCUCUGAACCCCUGAACAAGUGUCCCAUCUGCUGUGCCGCCAUCACGCAGAAGAUUAAGACCUACAGUGCCUAAAAGACACCGAAGCCAACACUCCAAAGAAGUGCUGAUGCUUGUUGAAUGUAAUUCCUAAAAUUGCACAGGUGUAUCAUAUAUAAACUGUGUGCAUGUUUAUAUAUAUAUAUACAUGUCU